GGCGGGCAAAGCAAUUCGAGAGAGCUCAAAGAAGGUGGAGGUAGCGAGCCCUAGGGUUGGAUCGAUCGAUCGCCGGGACUGGCUUGUGAUGCGCCGCGGCGCAGCCGACUGAUGCGCUGCGCGAUGCUCUCCUCGGCAAUGCACGGCGGCAAUGCGGCCGGAUCGGCGGAGGCGUCGCGGGCGAGCGAUGAGCACGACAGGAAUUUGACGGUGGUGGAAGUGGCCGCGGGGAGGGUGAGCGAUGUGCAUAUGGCGUCCAGGAAGGCGGAGGAAGCAGCUACAAGAAGGUUUCAAGCGGCUUCUUGGAUCAACAAAAUUGUUGGGUGCUCCAAAAUACCAUCGGAGCCAUCGGAGGAUGAGCUGCGGCUGUGCCUCCGGAAUGGAGCGCUGCUCUGCCGUCUCAUGAACAGGAUUGAGCCAGGUUCCGUCUCAAAGGUUGUGGAGACUACCUCAUCCGAUGGGAGUUUAUCGGCAUUUCAAUGCUUCGAGAACUUGAGAAACUUUCUGGUCGCGUCGCAAGAGAUGAGGCUUCCUACAUUCGAAAGCUCGGAUUUGGAACAGGCUACAGGAUCCAUGACAAAAGUUGUGGAUUGUAUUUUAGCACUAAAGUCUUACAACGAGUGGAAGCAGACGGGGGCGCUCGGCUCCUGGAAGUACGCUGGAUCUCUGCGGUCACCGUUGCGAGGGAAUGUCUAUCCGAGAGGAUAUGGAAGACCUGGAGGCGCUGAAAAUACUUUCAAGAAAAACUCGAGGAAGAGACUCCUUCCACCUGACAAUUAUGUCGAAGCUGAAGACCAACCUGUAGCUUCUGGAACGCAAACAGAUGAACCUCAAGUGCCUGAUGAUGCGAAGGUUAGGGAGGACUUCCAGCAACCUCCGGGAGUACACGUUACAGAUGGAAAAUAUUUAAAGAGCAAGAAACUGGACCAAAUGCUCGUGGAGGCGCGAAUCGAAAUUAAGAGCUUAAGAUCCGCACUUGAAAUCGUCAAGGGCGACGCCAAUGAGAUGCAGAAAAUGUGGAAAACCGACGUGAAUUGCUUGGAAAACCAACAAGAUCUCAAAGGGAACAUACGGGUGUAUUGCAGAGUAAGGCCAUCGUCAGACCCUGUAGGAUCUGUCGAAUUUAUUGGUGAGAAUGGGGAAAUUAUGAUUGCUAAUAAGGAGUUACGCAAGUCGUUUUGCUUUAACCGGAUUUUUGGUCCUCGUGCAACUCAAGAGUCUGUGUACCUUGAUACUCAACCUCUCAUUCGAUCGGUACUUGACGGCUACAAUGUUUGCAUCUUUGCUUAUGGUCAAACUGGAUCCGGAAAAACAUACACGAUGAGUGGUCCUGAUAAUCUAACAGAAGAAACAUGGGGUGUAAAUUAUCGAGCCCUCCAUGACUUGUUCAAAAUUACCACCGACCGCAAGAACCUGUUUCAAUAUGAGAUCGUGGUUCAAUUUCUGGAGAUCUACAAUGAACAUUUGAGGGAUUUGCUCACUGGAGAUUCUGGAAACAAAAAGCUGGAAAUUCGAAAUUGUUCGCAGAAGAAUGGCAUUAACGUCCCCGACGCGACCAUGAUGCCAGUGAAUUCGACCGCGGAUGUCCUGCAGUUGAUGAAGCUUGGCCAGAAGAAUCGUUCUGUUGGUUCAACAGCCAUGAACGAAAGAAGCAGCCGCUCUCACAGUGUAUUGACGGUACAUGUCCGAGGCAAAGACCUGAAGACUGGUGCUGUUCUACAUGGGUCUCUUCAUCUCGUAGAUCUUGCUGGGAGUGAAAGAGUUGAUAAAUCUGAAGCCACUGGAGAACGCCUCAAAGAAGCUCAGUAUAUCAACAAGUCCCUUGCAGCUCUGGGAGACGUGAUCGCGGCGUUGAGUGUGAAAAGCUCGCACGUGCCUUACAGGAAUAGCAAGCUGACUCAACUUCUUCAAGAUUCCUUAGGUGGCCAGGCAAAAGCUCUAAUGUUUGUACAUAUGAGCCCAGACAUUGAGUCCUUUAGUGAGACGCUGAGCACGCUCAAGUUCGCUGAGAGAGUGGCCACUGUAGAACUUGGAGCGGCACGAACUAACCGAGAGAGUGGUGAAGUACGGGAUUUGAAAGAUCAGGUAAUGGCAUUGAAAGAGGCGAUGGCCAAGAAGGACGCAGAGAUAGAAAAGCUAAAGCUUGGUCUAAUACCGAAGACAAGGAUAAAAGGCACGCCACUCAGAGGCUUGCUGGCACCGGAAGCUACCAUGUCAGCAGAAUGGCACCUUACAACAGAGGACAGUUCACACUCGUCGUCUACAAGCCCGGACGAAGAGGUCUUUGAGUCGUGUUUGAGCACCGAUAGCGGGAAAGACGAAGCGAGCUGUCCGGAGUUACUAUUCUCGUCGUCUCCGAGUAGGCCUACUCCCAAACGAAUUUUGCAGGAGAAGGUUCUCAACGCAAAGGCAGUCGUCACGACUUCAUUUUCAGGGAAGCCAAGACUCAAGCCUACAGAACUGACCGCGAGUCAGAAACUCUUGAGAAAGAGCGCUUAUUUAAGAGGUUCUUCUUACUUGGAUCAGAAUUUGGACACAGGUGGCAGAUCUCCCGCUAGCAUCAGGAAACCGCAACCUGGACCUCAGUGGAGGACGCCUUUACAACCACCUAAACUCAAGGCGUCUGAUCCACGGCUCUCCUGUGGCGACCAGUUCGCUUCGUCCCGUCGAUACUCAAAUGUUGGCGUGCCCGCUGAUUGCUCGAGCGUGAAACGGUCUUCACUGGGAUCGAAGGAAUCCUCUCAGUCAGGCGAGGGAAGCAAGCCAGCAUUUGCUCGCCAUCUUUUUGCGAAUCCAACAUCCAAGCCAACUAAAAGGUGGAUAUAACUUCUCGUUUUUCUUAACCUUGUCUAGAGCGCCUAGACACAGUCAAAAUUUUCAAGCUUCUGACGUAGAGCUCACUCUAUGAAAUGCUCAUCUUGUUGUA